UACAAAGUGACCGGUGGCGCGUAGAGAGGGGAAAAUUGGCAUGCCGCUUCCUCCUUUAGGCACUGUGCAGACUUGGGGCAGAAAUGAGCAAGGUGCUCGGAGGCAGGAAGGUGUGGUCUACACUGAGACCAAGGCCACCUAGCCCUCCAGGUUACCUACACCCUGCCCGCCCCACUGAGCUCUUAGUUCCCCCUCCUUUCCGUCCUGCUGAUCCAGCCAGCCAGGCUUUCUCCUCUAUUCUAGCCUCCUCUCCCCCUUGAAUCCAGUCCUGGUUUCCCCGCUGCCAGCUCCUUCUUCUGCCUGCUGGGCUCGCUCCCCGCCUCCGCCCCCGCCUCUCCGAGAGUCCCGGCGGUCCGCUCGGCUCCCCGGCUCCUCUCUCGCACCCCCGCCUCGCAAGCCACCCGCGGCUCCAUUCGCCCAGUCCGGCCGCUCCAGUCCGGAUCUCGCUGCCACCCGACCCGGGUGCGAGUUUCAGCAGCUGGGAAGGAGGCGGCAACGGCUGGCCCCGGCUCCCCUCGGCCGCCUCGUCAGCCCGAGGUUGGCGGGGGAGAGAGCGGCCCAGCAGCCCCGGGAGCCCCUCCGAGGACAAUGCACCCGGCGCUGGGCCACCCUCGCGCGCUCUCGUCCGCGCCCGCCUCCUUCCCGCUGCCCCCCGCCGCCGCCCGGCUGCAGCCCCUCUUCCUCCGGGGGGGCUCCUCCCGCGGCCGGAGAGGCUCGGGAGACAGCAGCACCAGCACCAGCACCAGCCGCGGUGGGGGCGGCGGCAGACGCGGCGGGGGCGGCGGCUCCCCAAGCAGCAGCACAGGCGCGGAGCGAGAGGACGACGACGAGAGCAUUAGCAUCAGCAAGCCACUGGUGCCCGCCGCCGCCGCCGCGCUCCCGGGGCCCCCGGCUCAGGGGGGCGCCCCGGUGUCCGCCACCGCGCCCGCCACCGCCUCCUCCACUUCCACUCCCACCUCUUCCUGCAGCAUGACCGCCGUGGACUUUGGCGCGGGCCCCGCAACCGGGGCCGUCGGGGGCCCCGGGAGCCGCUCGGCGGCGGGCGCAGGCGGCACCGGGACGGGCGGCGGCGCCUCCUGCUGCUCCUGCUGCUGUUGCUGCUGCGGCCGCCCCUCCCGGCCCGGCCGCAGGGGUCGGCGCCACGGUUGCUCGCCGAGCCCGGGAUGCCGCUGGGGCUACCAGGCGCUGUCUGUGGUGCUGCUGCUGGCUCAGGGUGGUCUGCUGGACCUGUACCUCAUCGCCGUCACCGACCUGUACUGGUGCUCUUGGAUCGCCACUGACCUGGUGGUGGUGGUGGGCUGGGCCAUCUUCUUCGCCAAGAACAGUCGGGGCCGUCGGGGCGGUCCAGCAAGCAGCGCGCACAACCACCAUCAGCUCCACCACCACUCGGCGCCGCCUCUGCACCUACCGACUGCGGCGUCCGCGGGGGCCGGGGCUAAGGCUCGCGGGGGCCGAGGAGGCUCGGGGGCCGGGCCAGGGCCGGCCGGGGCGGUGGGCGAGUUCGCCUUUGCUUACCUGGCCUGGCUCAUCUACUCCAUCGCCUUCACUCCCAAGGUUGUGCUCAUCCUGGGAACGUCUAUCCUGGACCUCAUUGAGCUGCGAGCGCCCUUUGGCACCACGGGCUUCCGCCUCACCAUGGCUCUGUCCGUGCCGCUGCUCUACAGCCUGGUGCGUGCCAUCAGCGAGGCGGGCGCGCCCCCGGGCUCGGCGGGUCCCUUGCUCCUGCAGCCACAGCAGCAUCGCGCUGCGGGCUGCUUCCUGGGCACGUGUCUGGACCUGCUGGACAGCUUCACGCUGGUGGAGCUGAUGCUGGACGGCCGUGUGCCGCUUCCCGCGCACCUGCGCUACCUGCUCAUCGCCGUCUACUUCCUCACGCUUGCCUCCCCAGUGCUCUGGCUGUACGAGCUGAACACCACCGCAGCAGCUCCGUCCUGGGGCCAGGCUUCCGGGCCUGGAAGCUGCAGCCGCCUUUUGCGCUUGCUGGGCGGCUGCCUGGUGGACGUGCCCUUGCUGGCGCUGCGCAGCCUCUUGGUCGUGAGCUACCAACAGCCGCUGUCCAUCUUCAUGCUCAAAAACCUCUUUUUCCUUGGCUGCCGUGGCCUGGAGGCCUUGGAGGGCUGCUGGGACCGAGGGAGUUGGGUUUCCCCAAGUCGGGCCAGAAGCAGCUAUGGUGCUCCUCCCUCUGCCCCCCCACCACCUCCACCACCGCCACCUCAGGGAGGGUCCCAGCGGGGCCACUUGGAAAAUGAAGGGGGUCCUCAUGGCUAUGUCAACACUCUAGCUGUGGCCUCUCAGAACUGAAAAAGGUGAAGGGCAGAGCCUCUGUUCUUGGCUUGAGAGUUUCCGGCCUCCUUGGCUGUGUUUAGAAAAGGUUGAUAAGGCUGAUGGCCAGCGAAUUCUUCUGCACCCUAUGGGUGGAGACUACUUGGAGGGAGACCAGCAAUAUAUUGUGAGGGAGGAGGGUCCAUGUUCACCAUGGUUCUUCUCCAAAGUCUUGCGUGUUCUGACAUACAAGGGACUGGAUGAAUGUGCCACCUGCUCUUCUUGCCUUCGUUCUGUGGGGGAGAGAGGAGGAAGGGGGUGUUCAGGCAGGGAUGGUAGGCUUCGGUAGAUGAAGUGUGCGUGUGCGUGCAUGCAUGUGUGUGCGUGUGUGUGUCUGUGUGUGUGCAUCCGUGCGUGUGUGUGCAUGUGUGUGUGCGUGUGCAUGUGUGUGUGGUGUUUUUCUGGGUGUCUGUCCCCUGCCCCUUGCAGUGGGAAGGCGAUCUAGGGAGGCCUUGCUGCCCCCCCACAUGCCACCCCCAUCCUUUCCUGCCUGAAUUUAUGACCAGGAUGCCCAGGAGUUGUUCGGUUGCCACACUCCAAGGGAGAAGCUCACCCAUGGUCGUCCUCACUCCUGCUCCCCUGUUCUCAGCUUGGGGAGGAGAGGGUCUCUGCUGUGAGGACCCAGCGACACCCUUUCUUGGAUGAGUGUGUAUUUCUACCUCUGUGCUUUCGACUUUCAUCCCAUCACACAUUGAUGCUGCUCACGAAAACAAAACAAAACCCACUCAGAAGUUGCAUUCAACAUGGACACUGGAUCCCUUUGGGGUUUGGUACCAGAUAUUACAGGGUCUGUGGAGUAUCAGCCAUUGGCUCGCUCUCUUUCGAUUCCUCCUUCAGCACCAGAAUUCUUAUCCUGCCUCUGUUGGUACUGGCUGGGUUGGAACUGGGUUCAAAGCGCCUGCAAAGGUGUGUGAGGUCUGGCCUCUUAGGGACCCUCCGGGACGCCACCUGCUCUUUUGGAGAGCUCGGCAUAGAGCAGAAAGGGCGGUGACCUUUCUUCUCUCCUCUGCUCAGGUCUCCUCAGGGAGAAGGCUUGCUGCGGGACCCUCCUGGCCCAGCCUUCUCCCAUGGGGCCCUCAUGGUGAAGCUCUCCUUAGGGCUGUCCUUCAAGGAAAGUCAGGGUUGGUUACUCUAGUCUUGACAGGGGAUGUUACCCUUGGAAUCUCUAAUGCAGGAUAAGUAUUCUGAGGGGAGUCAAGGGUCAGAAGCCUAGGGAGCAAGGUCAGGAUAUAAUCACCCCCACAGCGGGAUUGGGUGUGUGUGGAAACCUGAAGAAUUUUGGUUCCCCCCCUCGUUUUGGGAGUUUGUGUGGUGUAAUGAACCUAGACAAGGGGCUGUGAUCUGUUCUGCCUGUUAUUUGCUAGAUUUGAAUGCUACGUUCUUUUCACUUUCUAGGCCCCAGUUACCUUUCCUUCUUCCUUCCUUUCUCUCUUUCUCUUCCUCUUCCUUUCUUUCUUUUUUUUGUCUUUCGAGACAGGGUUUCUCUGUGCAACGGUCCUGGAUGUCCUGGAACUCACUUUGUAGACCAGGCUGGCCUCAAUCUAAUUCACAGAGAUCCACCUGCCUCUGCCUCCCAAGUGCUGGGAUUAAAGGCAUGCGCCACCACGCCCAGCUUCAGCUACCUUUCUAGGAUGAUGAUAUUCUUUGAGUUUGGAACUUGAAAGCUCUGGACAUAGUUCUGCCAUUAGAGGCAGACUUGAGAUGAGCUAUCCAGGGUGGACUUGAGGACAGUCCUCCUCCUGCCUUGCAUCUGGUCUUGGGGGAGCUGAAGGGAAGUUGGCAGACUAGGUUGGGGGACAGGCAUUGCUGACCUCUGAAGCCCACAGCACAGGGGUAGGCCCAAAGUGCCAAGUCACUGACUACUAACUCAGCAAUCUGGCCCAAGUCCCUCAUUCCCUUUGGCUCUAGACCUUCUGAGAAUCAAGAGCUUCUCUUCCUCAACUGCCUGGGGCUGUGGGCUGAGGAUAUCUAUGUGGAUGGAAACAGGAGCGGCUGAACUUGGCUGGAGCCCCAGCUCUCGGGGGCCUGCCCUGCUCUCAGGGGCCUGCCCGGCUCUCAGAGGGGCCAUGUGAAGGAUGUUUACAGUCCAGUCCGUGAGUUCUUCGUCUCUGGUCUCUUGCCCUCAGCCGGUGCUGGCUGACCGGCUGCUUUGCACAACACACCUGCCUUUCCUCCUCACCCCGGAUGACUCCUCUUCUGAUUGGACUCGCAGUCCUGAGCCUGAGCCCUGGCUGGGGCUGCAGCUCCUCCCACUCACUCCUCUGUAUUUGUUCUCCAGCUUCGCUGUGUUUCUCACUACCUAAUUUCAAUGACUGUGAAAAGAAAUUAUGUCUGAGCCAUGGCCGGCUCUGGCUGGCCCCCAACCCACCCUCCCUCUACUGUUUGGAUAGCCAUCCCUCUCCUGUGUGACUGCUGUCUGCUGCUGAGAGACUGCCACUGGAUUUAGGAUGGAAGGCUGCCAUCUCCCUAGCACAUCAAGAGACAUGAGCACAUGGCCACUGUGACAGAGGCCAGGACUGUGAGGGCCUAGUGAGGGCCCAGCGCCUCUCCAGCCUCCUCUUCCACAUGUCUUCUCUGAGUCCUUUGUGCUCAGGGGGCAGGCUCCUUCCUUCUGAUGUAUUUAUUUUGGGUCUUUUUACUCAUUUCCCUGUCCCAUUCACACAUGACCCUUAAGGCCCUUUUCCGCUCUCUUGCUUUCUAGGGUAUCUGUAGAUAGGGAUCAGACUUGAGAUGUCCCCAAGGUGUCAUGACCAGGACAGUACACUGUCCUGAGGCUUGGACCAGAAGAACGGAGCAUGGAAAAGAAGCCUGGGCUCAGAAUUUAGCUCUGCCUGCCCCUAGCAGUUGAGCCUGGAAGGGGAGGGCUUAUUACCUGUGUUCCGAAUGGUACCUGUUUCUAAAAAGGAGUUAAUUUCUUUGUGAUGCUGAGGAGUAAGGAAGCCCAGGGCCUCAAGCACGCUUGGCGAUGCUAGCGAAGCGUCCUGGGCUGCAUCUACAUCGCAGAGUCUUAAUCUAAAGACUGCGCUCUCUCUAGAGACUUGCACCCACCCUUUAAAAAUGUCUUUGAGUGGUGUCUCCCUAUGUUCCCAAGGCUGUCCUAGAAUCUUGGGGCUCAGGUGGCCCUCUUACUUCAGCCUCCCUAGGAAACAGGUGUGCACUGCUUUGUCCAAUCAAGGCUUUUCCUGUCCAACAUGCUGGGAACCAGGCCCGGGUGUGUGGGGAGCAGAGCUGGGAACUCGAGCCCAGAAGAAACAGAGAAGCGGCACCUCUCUAGCAUUUAUCACAUUUUCCCCCCUCUUUUUAAAAAUAAAACCAGACUCUGUUCUGAAAAUAAAAAACUGGAGACU